CCCGGCCGAUCGCUCGCUCGCUCCCUCCGCCUGGCUCCAACCCGGCCUUUUGGGCGAUCGCUGCCUUGCAGCAGAGAGAGGAGGGGGGGCAGGCUACCAAGGCCACCCUGGAGAGGGCAGGGCUCCGGGCCUGCUGCAGGUCCGUGCAAGCUUCCUCCCGAGGAAACUGGCACGGGGGGCACUCAGGGUCGGGCUCCUCCCUCCCUCCGCAUCUUUUGUUGAUUUGCCAAAUUGUUGGGAUGCUUGUGGAGAGAGCUCGUUUGCAGGUUUCCGGAGCCCAUUGUUCCAGCCCUGGGGAGCCUCUCCGUGUUCUCAGUCGCAACUAGGCCUGAGCCCUUGGUAAUUCAGGCCCAGGGAAAUACGGUGUGUUUGUGGUCUGAUUGGUUAGCUGUUAACUUCUGGGCUAGCAUGUUCAGGCCCUGAGGAGCUUGCCACAGACAAGCUCUCCUUUAUUUUUAUUCUCUCUCCCCCUCUUGUAUAAGGAAAGGGAAGUGGGUGUCCAUAAAAGGAAGCUGGUCUUAUUGGCCACACUCUUCUGCGUGCUUCAGGAUCUCAGUUGUUGGCAAAACCUUGAAGGCGCUUGGGGAAACACAGAGGCUGGCAAAGGGGAAUCCUUAACUCUUGCUGCGUUUUGCUUUUUUCGUUUGUUUUAAUGGUUCGUUGCUAGAACUGAAUUAGUUGCCUGGUUCUGUAUUGUGGGGGGCUCCUGUCUAUAUACACAAUCUUGACUUGGUGAUCAAGGAGGGGGAGAAAGCUGUGAGGUUCAUAAGCGAAUGUGGCAAAAGUUACUGAGCUCCUAAAAUAGGGGGAAGCCAUGCCCUUAUCCAGACUGGAGGUUUCUGGGGGAGCGUCUGAGUUUGUUGCCCUGGUAUCCCCACCCUUCAACUGGGAGGGAAGGGAGAAAGGCAUCUUGGGACAAAUUCUCCUGUUUAUUCUGCUGAUAGGCUACUUUGAUUGAGGAAGACAGUUCUACAAUUACGGUAAUAGCAGCGAUGUGGUUCUUCAUUGGAAUAUUCUCUCUCUCUCUCUCUCUCUCUCUCUCACACACACACACACACCCCGUCAACAGAGCAGAGGCGGCCUUCCUGUUGGUGAACUGAGACUGGUUUGCCCUGUGCUUUUGCGUGUGCAUCAGCCAUUUUGCCUCCUGGCAAGCAAGAUGCUUGAGGCUUUGCAUCUAUGUCUGUCUCCAUCAUGGUCACUUCACUAGGGAUGGUUAAAGACUGCUGUGAGCUUCCCCUGCUGAAAGUGUGUGGCUCUUACACUGAAUUGGGGUAAUCCUCCGCUGAGCGAGGAGAUGUUGCCUCCUGGGGAGUGGAUGUGCCAUCGCUGUACCGUGCGCCGGAAGAAGCGGGAGCAGAAGAAGGAGCUGGGCCACGUCAAUGGCUUGGUGGAGAAGUCCGGGAAGAGGACCACGUCCCCCACCAGCGACACAGCGGACUUCUUGGACCGGGCGAGCGGCGGUGUUCUCCGGACCCUCUCCCACACCCGGCUCCUAGAGCGAAGGGCCAGCCGGCCCAGCACGCCCACCUCCAGCGCCAGCACCGAGACCCCCAACUCGGAGCAGAACGACAUGGACGAGGACAUCAUCGACGUGGACGAUGACUCUGCCACCACAGCAGAGGCAGACGGCGGGCAGCCCCAUCUGAAGCGGCCCUUUGAGCUGCUCAUCGCCGCCGCCAUGGAGAGGAACCCCACCCAGUUCCAGCUGCCCAAUGAGCUGACCUGCACCACCGCACUUCCAGGUACUAGUAAGAGGAGGAGGAAGGAGGAGACGACUGGGAAGAACGUCAAGAAAGCACAGCAUGAGCUGGACCACAACGGGUUGGUCCCCCUGCCGGUCAAAGUCUGCUUCACCUGCAGCAGGAGUUGCCGCGUGGCCCCGCUCAUCCAGUGCGACUACUGCCCGCUGCUCUUCCACAUGGACUGCCUGGAGCCUCCUCUCACGGCCAUGCCGCUGGGCAGGUGGAUGUGUCCAAACCACAUUGAGCACGUGGUGCUGAACCAGAAGAACAUGACCCUGAGCAACCGGUGCCGAGUGUUUGACCGCUUCCAGGACACCAUCUCCCAGCACGUGGUCAAGGUGGACUUCCUCAACCGGGUCCACAAGAAGCACCCCCCCAACCGCCGCGUGGUGCAGUCCAUGAAGAGGAAGGGGCUGAAGGUUCCUGAUGCCAUCAAGUCCCAGUAUCGGAUCCCACCCUCGCUGCUGGCCCCUGCGGCGAUCAGAGACGGGGAGCUCAUCUGCAACGGGGUCCCUGAGGAGCCCUCGCCGAAGCACCUUUGCAGCCCGGAGCACUUAGCCACCCAGUCAGAACAGCAAGAGUGGCUGUGCAGCGUCGUCGCCCUGCAAUGCAGUAUAUUGAGACACUUAUCUGCCACGCAGAUGCCCUCGCUCUGGGACUCUGAGCAGGUGGAAAAGGCGGACGUCAAGCCGGUGAUCGUGGCCGACGGCUCCCUGGCCGGCCCUUACCAAGUGGCGGACAAAGCCAGCCUCCCUCCCCUCUAUUCGGCGCCCUGCCCGCCUGGCAUUGCCCCCCAGAACUCCUUGGGGUCUUCCCUGCAGGAGGACACCCACUACCCCUCGUGUACGGACAGGCCCAAGAAAGCAUCUCCCUGCAGCGGGACGUCCAACGGCCCCAACGCCCCCGCGGAGGUGAAGAUCAACGGGCCGCAUUUAUACGGCGACGCUGCUUCCGCCAACUUGACUGACUCCCCAAGGCUUGGUGGCCAGGGCAGCGGCGCCCUACCAGGGUUGUCCCAGCGGCAGCAGCCAUGGCCCCGGCCUGCCACCCCACCGGUAGCCUGCGGGCUCCUCAAUCACAUGGUGGCGGGGGCUGUCGUGAAGACGGAGAAUGCGGUGGGGCCAAUCUCGUGCACGCACAGGGGCUCCGUGCCAACAGCAGGCAUGCCGGCCUCCAUCCCCAGCUCUUGCGCCAGCCUGGAAGCUGCCAGCACUCUGCAGAGGAAAAACGCGCAGACGCAGGUUGGGCCUCUGCUGGCCUCGGACCUGGGGGCGAUGGACUCUCCCCUCACUGCCACCCGGGCGCUCACCCCUCCCCAAGCGGCAGCGGUGGGUGGCGGGGUCUCUGCCAUCGGAGCUGCGCAUGGCUUUUGCUCACCAGCACCGCCUCCAGACGGUAAGGUCAGCCCGAGCACCUUAUCCAUAGGAAGUAUCUUAGCCACCCCCUCGUUGCUCCCUCCCAACUCUUCAGCCACGCUGGACCUCGCAAGUUCCCUGAAAGCAUUAAUGGACAGCAGCGGAGCAGAGAUUGAGAUAAACAUGCUGGAUGAGAAACUGAUCAAGUUCCUGGCCUUGCAAAGGAUACAUCAGCUGUUUGCUUCCAGGGUCCAGCCCUUUGCAGGCAACGCUGGUCCCCACCAGCCCAGUCCUGGGGGCAAUCCUGCGGAAGGGCAGAGGAAGGAGGUGCAGGCCCGAGCCGUCUUCUACCCUCUGCUGGGGAUGGGCAGUGCGGUGAACAUGUGCUACAGGACCCUCUACAUUGGGACAGGAGCUGACAUGGAUGUGUGCCUUACAAACUACGGUCACUGCAACUACGUCUCAGGCAAGCACGCCUGCAUCUUCUACGACGAGAACACCAAGCACUACGAGCUGCUCAACUACAGCGAGCACGGCACAACGGUGGACAAUGUCCUGUAUUCAUGCGACUUCUCCGAGAAGACGGCGCUCGUCCCGGCCAGCAGCAUGGUUGCCAAAGUACAGAGUGUGAUCAAGCGACACAAGAGCCGGAAGCAGCAGCAACAGCCACCACCUCCCGAAGAGGAGCAGCCGCCAAGUGAAGAGGCGGCGGCCAUGCGGUCCCAGGCCCAGGGCCCCUCCCCCAAGCCCUGCAACUGCAAAGCCAGCAGCUCCAGCCUCAUUGGGGGCAGCGGGGCUGGCUGGGAGGGGACGGCCCUCCUGCACCACGGCAGUUACAUCAAGCUGGGCUGCCUGCAGUUCGUCUUCAGCAUCACGGAGUUUGCGACCAAACAGCCCAGGGGUGGAGAUGCCGCCGCGGCCUUAGCACAAGAGAGGGACUUGGAGGAGAAGCUGUCCCCAAAGGCCCAGCAGGUCCCUGUGCUGCGCUCAAAUUCAGUGCCCUAGGGCGAGGCAACGACUGGGGGGGGGGGUUGGACAAGGAAAAAUUAACCCUCCCUCCCAAGAUCAAGAGACUCUCGCACAGACACACAACACCCCUUGGAUGUCCACGAACCAUGUCUUGUCCGGAUUCCCAACCUUCAACGUGGGCCACAGACUGUUGACGCCCUUUGCAUGAGAUGAAGAACUUUUAAUUUUUAUUAUUAAUUAUUAUUAUUAUUAUUAUUGUUUGCUCAAGUUUUUAGGGGCAUUUGCACAUAUAUUUGUACUAUACAUUUCAUUUAAAAAGAGAAGUAAAGGAAAACUGCAGCGUGUUGGGAAGCCGUGCUGGGGCAGAGCCGGCAAGAGGGGGCCGGGAGGGGAGGGGGGGUCGUUGACAUGGCCACCCAGGCAAGCCUGCUCCCCUUUGCAGUUGUAAAAUAAUCCCAAAAAAAACCUGUUCUAUUUUGUGCCAGUGACAAUAGUUUUUAUAUUAAAGAGAAAAAGAGAAAUACAGUUUUCAUACAGCAAAAAUCUAUUCAAUUAUCAUUGUUUUAUUUAAUGUAAAGAUGCGCUAUCCUGCCAGAUUUAUUUUCUCCCCCCCCCCCUUUCCUACCUCCUGUGCCCCCCCCUUCUCUCCCCCUUCCUGCUGCAGUUGCAAUUCUGCGUAUUGUGUGUGUGGCAGGAAGCGAGUUCCAAUUUCCUGCUGCCCACCCUGUUCCGUUCCCGCCCCCCUUUUAGAUGAUGGAGAAGUAUUUGGGGUUCUGUGUAAAUACAUCCACUGACAGCGUUUUUCUCUUACCCCCCCACCCCCCACCCCACUGUGUUUUUUAAGCUGUGUAUGUGUGGGUUAUGACGUUUUUCCUCCAGUUGUCUUAAUUGUAGCAAAGCGUUUCUUUGUCGUAAGCCUCCUUUUUCCUCCCUUUUGUUCCAGAAACUUCCCCCCCACCCCCACCCCGCAGCUAAGUUCUGAUGUACAGAAGUAAAUUGCUAUGUUUUAGGCUUUACGGAAACUUUUUUUCCCUCUCUCCUGUAUUCUGUAUAUAAAACAAAAACUAUGGCACUCGUCGAUGUCUGGCUGUCUCUGGAAAUUCCCUGCCAUCAGCAAGAAAAGUUCUGUCGGCUUUUUGGGGGUUCCUGUAGGCAAAUGCCCCUGUGGGGGUUUCCUUCCUUCCCCCACCCCACCCCCAGGUCACAAGGUGGGGCCUCCUUUUGCACCUGCGCUGUCAGACGGAAGCCAGCCGCUUCUCCUUCACUGUGUGAAGAUUCAGCCAAAAGUGGGAUCUGAGGACUGGUUGUGCACAGGGUGCCAAUCUAGGGUGCCCCUUCCCUCCUCCCCCCGCCCCCCACAACAGGGUAUAUACUUGUAGGGCAUUGUGGAACAAGAACAGCACCUCUGGCACCCAGAGGCUAUAUUGGGGGGGCAUGGGGGGGAGAAGAUUAUUCCCGCCGGUUGGCCUCGACUCAACUCCAUCCUGGAGGUGAGAUCUGCUGAGUUCUUUAAAAUGUUUUUAAUGCUUGGGGGGGUUUUGGAUCUGGAAAAAUUCUUAACCUUUUUUUUUUGUAUAAAACUGAAAGAUUUCAUGACUGUUCCAAUGGCAUUAAGUCUGUAUUAAUAAACUCACAUACUACUAUUUAAAAAUCA